AGCUCCUCCUCUCCCUCCUUCACCUUCCCCCGCUCGCUCUGCCCAUUUCCUCUUCCCCUCGGUAGGAAUGCACUUCACUGAAUCUGUUGCUGUGCUUUCGAGAAAAAUGCCCGCCCUAGGGUUUCGUGCCCACCGCUGCUGAGAAUCGGGCUCAGGGCUUAGAUGGGUAGCUGACAGAAGGAUGUUCCCCCUUGGUAUCUCAAAGUCGUAACCGCUCCGAGUCUGGGGGUCUGAUUGUUAUUCAUCUUCAAUUAAUGUUAGAAUCUGACCAGGAACGGACAGCAUCAGAUAGGGAUCAAAACAUUAACGAAUCAUCUGAUGGAGUGCAAUAAGGAUGAUGCACUCCGGGCUAAGGAGAUCGCUGAAAAAAAGUUCAUGGAGAGAGAUUAUGCAGGUGCGAGAAGAUUCGUCUUGAAGGCCCAAAACCUUUUUCCUGCUCUUGAGGGCCUUGCGGAUAUGCUGAGCACUCUCGAUGUGUACAUCUCUGCGGAGAAUAAGAUCUGCGGCGAGGCCGAUUGGUAUGGAAUUCUCGGAGUGAACCCGUGGGAUGAUGACGAGGCAGUUCGAAAGCAGUAUAGGAAGCUUGCCCUUGUACUCCAUCCUGAUAAGAACAAGUCUAUAGGGGCCGAGGGGGCCUUUAAGCUCCUUCUUGAAGCCUGGAGUCUUUUGUCAGAUAAGUCCAAGAGAUUAACCUAUAACCAGAAGAGGAACUCAAGGGUUGUUCAGCAGAGCAGUAAUGGUUUCUACUCAAAUAAGAUGAGUACGAACUUGGACAGUAAUAAUCGGGUCAAUGUUGCUUCCGUCCCUUCUCAACCUCGCCGGAAAAAUGACACCUUCUGGACUAUUUGCAACCGGUGCAAGACUCACUACGAGUACCUUCGGGUUUAUCUCAAUCAUACUCUCCUCUGCCCCAACUGUCAGGAAGCUUUCUAUGCUGUGGAGAAGGCCCCUCCGCCACAUGUUUUUAAGCCAUCAAACUCGCAUUCUAACCAGUCUCACCGUAAUUCAAGACGUGGGACUAGUAUCCCAACUAAUGACAGUUCUUCUAGACAGCAGUCUAUUAAUUUCUCAAUGUCAGCUCCUAGUGCUUCUCAGGGAUCUGGGGUUCUCCAGCACGAUCAAUUGAAGCGGCGAAGGAUGGAGAAUGAUUAUCAUCAGACGUACAGUUACGGGAGUGAUCAAGUGAGCACUGGAGAAAGAGGUUAUGCUGAAAAGGAGAGACCCCAGGGAAGUUAUUACUAUGGCCUUAAUAAGCCGAACAGUGAGAGGGAGCUGUCUUUUGUUGAAACCCGGAAUAUGUUAUUGGAGAAGGCACGAGGUGAGAUUAGGAAGAAGCUUGCAGAGUUGAGUUUAGGAAUCAAAGAAAAUGGGAGGGAAGACAAGAAGGUGGAUCGCGCGAUGGACCUGCUUUUUUCUCCUGUGGCAAUCAAUGUCCCCGAUCCCGACUUCCACAACUUUGACCUGGACAGAACAGAGAACUUUUUCGAGGUUGACCAAGUGUGGGCUGCUUAUGCUGAUGGGGACGGGAUGCCCCGAUUCUAUGCCCGUAUUCAGAAGGUCAUCUCCUUGAAGCCAUUCAAAGUGCAGAUCAGUUGGCUGAACUCAAGAACCACUGCUGAGUUCAGCUCUCAAGACUGGAUUGGUUCUGGUUUUACAAAGACCUGUGGGGACUUCAGGGCUGGGCGGAUUGAGAUAAACCGAAGCCUGAAUUCUUUUUCUCACAGGGUCGCGUGGAUGAAAGGCCCACGGGGAGUUAUUCGGAUAUUUCCCAUAAAGGGUGAGGUGUGGGCCCUCUACAGGAACUGGAGCCCUGACUGGACAGAUCUUACACCAAAGGAAGUUGUGCACAAGUACGAGAUGGUGGAGGUCCUCGAGGACUAUGAUGAGGAGCUGGGCAUCCCCGUGGCUCCUCUUGUGAAGGUUGCAGGUUUUCGGACUGUGUUUCACAGGCAUAUGGACCCGAAGGAGGUUAGGAGGAUCCCAAGGGAAGAGAUGCUCCGGUUCUCUCACCAGGUCCCGAGCUACUUGCUAACAGGCCAAGAGGCCCAAAACGCUCCAAAGGGAUGCCGGGAGCUGGACCCAGCUGCUAUGCCUCUGGACCUGCUUCAGGUAAUAAGCGAAGUUUAUCCUUAGGAUAUGAUAUGCCUGCUGUAGAGGACGAUUAAUCUGGAAACUGAGGCGGAAGUGCAGGCGAACUGCCUAGGAAAGCUGAUCUGUUUUAGACGGUGAAUUGUUUAGCUUAUAUACAACUAAAGAUUUAGAAAGUUUGAAGAUUAUCAGGAACUGGAUCCCAAUUGUUGAAACCGAAAUCACCUUUUUCCUGUUUGUUGUUUUCCCUUUUUGAUGUCACAGCCUACCGGGUCCAGGUUUAAAUGAUUUAGGGUUCAUUUGUUCGGGCUUUUUAAUGAUAUGGUGACAGUUGAAAAGUUUCAUAUAGAAACUGAGGGGAAUACCAUACCUCUUAAUUCUUUCGGAGCACAGCUGUGUUGAAAGGUUUGAUUGAGUUUCUUUCCUGAUCGCUCACUUCGAGUUUCCA